UCUUUGCCCGCCACGUUCCUUGUGAUAACGGCCUCGCGUUGACCAGUUGGUCACCUGUGAAAGCGCGGCCCAUGGCGCCAGUGUCCCGUUCUCGCUCUCCCGAGGACACCCCGGACUCCCAGAGACGGCGACGCAGCUCGCCGGGAAGCAGCAGUUCCCUCUCUCAGACCCGCGGCCGUGAGAUCCUCGGGCCUCCGUGCGGUAGGUCGGCCGGCGCUCCUUACCUCCGCAGUGGCUCCGGGUCUCAAGAGCCCCCUGUGCUGCACAACUACGCUUUCUCGUCCGCUUCCUCCACGUACUGCGGAGGAGACCGGUACCAUCACCGCAAUCUCGCGGGCGACCGGCAGUGGGCGGAGCACUACGACGUGAAGGAGAGCUACCGGCAGAGGCGGCUGAAAGAGAGGGAAAGGAUCGGGGAGCUGGGAGCUCCUGAGGUGUGGGGCCUGUCUCCGAAGUACCCAGAGCCGGAUUCUGAUGAACACAGCCCAGUUGAAGGUGAAGAUGUGAAAACUCAGAAGGUCAGCAGCAGUUCAGAUUCCAGCUCCGAAAAAAAAAGGAAAAAGAAGGCCAGUCAUUCAAAAAACAAGAAAAGAAAGAAAAAGUCCAAAAGAAAAUAUAAGAAAUAUUAUGGUAAUAGUGACAGUAAUUCAGACUCUGACACUAAUUGUAGCUCUGAUGAAGGGAAAAAGAGAGCCAAGAAAGCCAAGAACAAAGAAAAGAAAAAGAAACACAGAGGCGGAAAUUGCAAGAAAAAGAAGAGUAAAAAGACUGGGAAAGAACCGAAUGACUCAAGUUAUAAAGAUUGUGAAGGGGAGCUGCCAGAAGAUAACUGGUUUGAGCACUCAGAUAUUACAGAUACCAUGGAUCUCAUCGGUCCAGAAGCACCUGCAAUUCAUACCUCGCAAGAUGAGAAGCCUUUGAACUAUGGCCAUGCUCUGCUCCCAGGUGAAGGCGCAGCCAUGGCAGAGUAUGUGAAAGCUGGAAAGCGGAUCCCACGAAGAGGUGAAAUUGGGCUGACAAGUGAAGAAAUUGCUUCAUUUGAAUGCUCAGGCUAUGUUAUGAGUGGCAGCAGGCAUCGCAGAAUGGAGGCUGUACGACUGCGUAAAGAGAACCAGAUCUACAGUGCAGAUGAGAAGAGGGCCCUCGCAUCCUUUAACCAAGAAGAGAGGCGGAAGAGAGAAAAUAAUAUUCUGGCCAGUUUCAGAGAGAUGGUGUACAGAAAGACAAAAGGGAAAGAUGACAAAUAAGACUUUUGUUCUAUAGCAAGACUUUGAACAACAAUUUUCUAUGACGAAAGUAGUAUUUAAAGGCUUUAUGGUGCUACUGUACCUAUGUUAAU